UGAAAACGAAUGAUCGGUCGGCUGCUUGUCUUGUAGUCUAGAAACACAAGGAGAUUUUAGAAUAGAAGAUUUGACACUUGAAGGAGCUUUAUCGGACAGCAAAAUUCCAACCGGGCCGAAAAAUUGAUUUCCAGAAAUGCAAUUGACCGUGUGUGAGCCCGGCGCCAUGUCGGAGGUCGGAGUGCUUCAGGAGUCGGACUCUGUCGCCUUGAGCGAGUCUACCUGUGAUUCGGGGAAAAACGGAGCAGCCCUUGAUCAUGUUUUGGAUACGGCCAAUGAGUCCUUAGAGGAAGAACCCACGGUGGAGAAAGAAGAAGAGACAGCCGCCCCCGAUGCUGUCACCAGGAAGCCGGAGGUCUCCAAUGAACACGCCAAGAACACACAAAAAGUAAAUGGCCAGCGCCCAGGCUCUCUGUCAGUGUCAGCAGCACCGGCACCAGCACCAGCACCGGGGUCCAACCUGUGGACAUGUCAAGCUGAUGGCGAAGUCAAGCUCCGCAUGGAAGAUUCUGGCCUAGCAGCGGAGACCCCUUUGACGGUCCAUCAGCUCUUCACAACAUCUGUGAAGAAUUUUGGCAACUAUACGGCUGUGAGCUGGAAAGAAGGCGAGCAGAAGAAGAGCUUGAACUACAAGCAGUACUACGAGACCUGUCGCACAGCAGCCAAGAGCUUCCUUAAGCUUGGGUUGCAGCCAUACCACGGCGUAUGUAUCCUCGGCUUCAACUCCGUCGAGUGGUUCGUCGCUGACAUCGGAGCCAUUUUGGCAGGUGGCUUCGCUGUGGGCAUCUACGCAACCAACUCGCCAGAAGCGUGCCAGUACGUGGCCGAGAACUGCAAGGCGAAUAUCCUCGUGGUGGAGAACCACAAGCAGCUGCAGAAGAUCCUUCAAGUGCAAGACAGUUUGCCACAUCUGAAAGCCAUUGUCCAGUACAAGGGGAAAGUGAAGGAGAAGAAAGCAAACCUGUACAGCUGGUCCGAGUUCAUGAAACUGGGACUUGAGGUUUCUGACGUUUCGCUCGAUGACAUCGUCGCCAAGCAGAAGGCGAAUCAGUGCUGCACGCUCAUUUACACCUCAGGAACCACCGGCCAGCCCAAAGGAGUCAUGCUCAGCCAUGAUAAUCUGACAUGGACGGCGCUCUCCACCGCUCGCCACGUGGGCCUGACGGAUGCCACGGAUUCCCAGGAGGUGGUGGUCAGUUACCUUCCCCUCAGCCACAUCGCCGCCCAGAUGGUGGACAUCUGGCUUACCAUGAGGGUGGGCGGGGUCACACACUUUGCUGACCCCGAUGCACUUAAGGGCUCGUUGGUGAACACCAUGAAGGAGGUGCGUCCCACGGCCUUCAUGGGGGUGCCACGCGUCUGGGAGAAGAUGCAAGAGAAGAUGAAGGCCACUGGAGCAAAGUCGUCGGCUGUUCGCCGCAAAGUUGCCGCCUGGGCCAAAGACGUGGGUCUGCAGACCAAUCUGUCCAAGAUGAACGUAACCAGAGCAGCGGAACACACACCGUUGAGUUACCAAAUAGCCAAGAAGCUGGUGUUCAAGAAGGUGCGCAAGGCUCUGGGUCUGGACCGCUGCCACAGGUGCUACACGGGUGCCGCUCCUAUUACCCGGGACACGCUGGAGUUCUUCCUCAGCCUGGACAUUCCAUUGUACGAGCUGUACGGCAUGAGCGAGUCCACCGGACCGCACACCGUCUCCAUCCCAGACGCCUUUAGGAUCACCAGCUGUGGCAAGGAGAUCCCUGGGUGCAAGACAAAGUUGCACAACCCAGACCAAGAUGGGACCGGGGAAGUCUGCUUCUGGGGUCGCCACGUCUUCAUGGGUUACCUCAACAUGGACAACAAGACUGAGGAAGCUCUGGAUUCGGAGGGCUGGCUGCAUUCCGGCGACUUGGGCAAACGCGACAGCAAUGGAUUCCUCUUCAUCACCGGUCGAAUUAAAGAGUUAAUCAUCACAGCAGGGGGAGAGAACAUCCCUCCUGUGCCAAGCGAGGACGCAGUCAAGGAAGCUCUGCCGCUGAUUAGCAAUGCCAUGCUGAUAGGAGACAAGAGAAAGUUUCUGUCCAUGCUCCUCACCAUUAAGUGCCAGCUCAACGCUGACGGUGCCCCAUUGGACGAGCUCACUCCAGAGGCCGUGGAGAUCUGCAAGAAACUGGGAAGUCAAGCAACGUGCGUCUCCGAACUGGCGGGCGGCCGCGAUCGCGCCGUAAACGCUGCCAUCCAGGACGCCAUCAACCGGGUGAAUGAGAAAGCCGUCUCCAACGCUCAGCGGAUCCAAAAGUGGCACAUUCUCCCGCAAGACUUCUCCAUCCCUGGAGGAGAGCUGGGUCCCACCAUGAAGCUGAAGCGGCCGGUGGUGUCCAAAAUGUACCAAGAGCAGAUUGACAACUUUUACAAGGAAGUGACCUCUCCGACGACCCCCGACAACCCGCUGCCUACCAAAUAAGAGAAAGGAGUUGUCGUAUAUCCAUUUGCUUGUUUAUCGUUUUUUCAAGUUCUGUUUUGAUUGCCUUAUUUUGGUUUACAUUUGAGGACAAGAGAAAGCCAUUGUAAAUUCAAUUAGCUUUUUUUUUUCCAACUAUUUAUUUGUGUUGCAUACGGAUGUGAAGUAGCAGCAAAGAAAAGCUCGUUUGUCAUACUUGAAAAUGAAAAUCACCAAAUUCCCCAAAUAGCUUUGAGAAAAGUUUGAGUCAACAGCGAAUUUUCAGUUUGCUUGGGCCAAACUUGUCCAUACAGCCAUAACUAACACGCCCUCACAAUAUUUAUGAGCACGUCUUGUAAACAAGCAUUGCAGUCAAGUUAAGCGGUAAGCUAAUGCUAGCGUUAGCGAGAAGCUAACGAAUGCAUUAUUGUGUUCCCCAAGAAUAACCUUCGAUGCAAUUCAUGUGAUAAAACUGCUCAAAAUACAUCUGCAAGUGAAACCAUAAAGCGCACAAAGCUAUAAUCAGCAGAAAGACUCAUGCUAAGUAUGCUAAUGCUAUGAAAACGAGGGUAUCAUGGACACACAAUAAUGUGAAAUACAGGUUAUUAUUUUUGUGUCGUCUCAAGCUUACCGCUUUACUCUGUCCGUCGUUUCCACACAUUCCUUUUUUGGUGUAGAUGAAUGCAUCCAACAAGGGAGAAUUUGGAUCUUGGGCAUCCUUGAGGUGUUUGUCUCUCCGGGUAAUAAAGAUGGCGGAACGGUGAAACCGUUUGGCUGCACCCAUUACUUGAUUUGGUAGACUGCCGUAAUAGAUGAAAAAUACAAAAUGGACAGUAAAAAAUAUCCUCCAAACAUAUAAAAGUCCUGGAGACACGAAGUGCACAAUAAAAUGUAUUUAAAAGCUAAAAAAAAAAUAAAGGAUUUUCCAUGUAUGUAAUGAAAUCCUUCAUUUGUGAAUCGGUUGAAAAGGAAGUAGUAUCACAUUUAAAUGAUGACGUUAAAUCCAGAUUGUAUACUUUAUAUGUUAAAUCAUCCAAAUAGGUGAAGCUUUUUGGGCUGAUGUGACAGCUGGAGGCUCGCUCGCUCGUUCAUUUGCACUGGUUGUGUUCAUUUGCUCUUAAAUGGUAUUGGAUUGUAAAUAUGCUUUUGCUUUAAACCUUCAUGUGUUUGUUUACGUGCAAGGAAAAUGAAACAAUGGUUGGAUUCUAUUCAACUGGUAUAACUGAGUUGUUUAUAUCGAAACAGUUGGCACACUUUAUGCAACUUAUGUCAACUACUAUUAUGAUCAUCAAGCAUUUAGUUUCCCAGAAAACAGUCUCUACUUGAAAAGCCAAGUUGAUGAAAUCCAAAGAGCACUCUUUUGAUUGUUGUAACAUGAUGACUUGGGGAACUGGGUCAUGAAAACUAGGUGAAGUUCUGGGUUUACAUGGUGUCAUUUCUUAUUUCUACCAUGUAUUGUUUUGAUGAAGGGAUGUGAGUGAGUUUACUUUCUGUUCAAUGACACUGGUUAUAUGCUGCCACAACUCAAUUUAAUGAAGGAGGCGUCCGUGUGUUCAACUAUAAUUCAAAAUAAGCACCAAGCUGUGACAUUUCUUGGAAGUUUGACUCAACUAAUGAUGCUCUUAUUAGUAGGUAUGUGGUUGGUGAGUCGGUUAGGCAGAAGGAAGCUUGUAAAUGUCAAUGACCAAACGGGAAAUAAUAAAAGUUGUCCAUUCCAGUA